CUAGGGGACGAGAUGGGCCUGAGCGACGACAAGGAUCGCAUUGUGAUUAACGUGGGAGGGAUCAGACAUCAGACAUACCGCAGCACCUUGCGCACCCUACCUGGCACCCGGUUGUCCUGGCUCGCCGAACCUGAUGCUCCCAAUCACUUUGACUAUGACGCCAAGAUUGAGGAGUUUUUCUUUGACCGCCACCCUGGCGUGUUUGCUCACAUCCUCAACUACUACAGGACAGGCAAACUGCACUGCCCCGCGGAUGUGUGCGGUCCACUAUAUGAGGAAGAACUGGCCUUUUGGGGCAUUGAUGAGACAGACGUGGAGCCGUGCUGCUGGAUGACCUAUAGGCAACACCGGGAAGCAGAGGAGGCCCUUGAUAGUUUCGGCGGGGGAGGACUGUUAGACCUGGCGAGUGACGACCCAGAGCCAGAGGUAGAUCAUGCUGAGGAUGAUGAUGAGAUGACAAGGAGGCUGGCGCAGGGGGACCACACGGACGCGCGCACUGGGAGCCUAUGGAGUAGGUGGCAAAAACGUGUUUGGGCUCUGUUUGAAGACCCCUACUCCUCCAAAUAUGCAAGGUGGAUUGCUCUGGCCUCGCUUUUUUUCAUCCUCGUCUCCAUCACCACCUUCUGCCUGGAGACCCACGAAGCCUUCAAUCCCAUCAUCAACCGCACAGAGUUGGACUUGGAGGACAACAUCACACGCAUCUACCAAGAGACCGAAACCGCCGCCUACCUCACCUAUAUUGAAGGCGUGUGCGUUAUUUGGUUUACCUUUGAAUUUCUCAUGCGAAUAACUUUUUGCCCCAAUAAACUAGACUUCAUAAGAAAUGCCCUAAACAUCAUCGACUUUGUGGCCAUCCUUCCUUUCUACUUGGAGGUGGGAUUAAGCGGGCUCUCGUCAAAAGCAGCUAAGGACGUGCUCGGUUUCCUUCGAGUGGUGCGUUUUGUCCGUAUUCUCCGUAUCUUCAAGCUAACGCGACACUUUGUAGGACUCCGUGUUUUGGGACAUACGCUACGAGCCAGUACCAAUGAGUUUCUGCUUCUCAUCAUCUUCUUGGCUCUCGGUGUACUAAUUUUUGCCACUAUGAUUUAUUAUGCUGAACGUAUUGGAGCCAACCCCAACGACCCAAGAGCCAGCGAACACACACACUUCAAGAACAUCCCCAUUGGAUUCUGGUGGGCUGUGGUGACCAUGACGACGCUCGGCUAUGGAGACAUGUACCCUCAGACGACUUCGGGGAUGCUGGUUGGAGCCCUGUGUGCCCUGGCUGGUGUGCUGACCAUUGCAAUGCCUGUCCCAGUGAUUGUCAACAACUUUGGAAUGUAUUACUCCCUGGCCAUGGCGAAACAGAAACUACCAAAGAAAAACAAGAGGCACAUACCACGACCACCGCAUCUCGGCUCUCCUAACUACUGCAAGACUAGCAUCAGCUCGCAACAUCCCAGCCCUGUGGUCGUCCAUGAUGAUGUUUUCGAGAUCAAAUUUCAAGACUCAAAGUUAAACGGCGAGGCAGCUAACGCAGCUCUGGCGAAUGAAGACUGUCCUCACAUAGACCAGGCCAUUUCUCCUGAAGAAAUCUUCAGCCCCAGCGAAAGAGAGCGUCCCUGUUUCCUGGUCACUACUGCAGAGCGCCCCAACCACACAGGGGGCAGAGUGCGCAGGGGUUAUGAAAAGCCUUGGAGCCUUAACAGCAUGUCUGGCAUGAGCGGGGAUGCCUCUGGAGUGUCCUCAGUGUCCGCCCUGCCCUGCAGCCCACCAUGUCUAAUGCAGCACUCACAUUCUCCCAUCCCAUCCAUUAUGUAG